GGGGAUUAGUAUGAAGACCGCAAGGUAUUAUGGUCUUUGUGUUUCACAAGACUUUUGUAUCGAUCGACCGGUUCCUCUUUCUUGCGACAGUCUCUUUCGCUGUUUUCUUCCUCGAAUCUCAACGAAUAGUCCGAUGGAGGUCUUGCGAUGCUUUAACUGUGAUCAUACAGGAAGAAGGCAUGAGGAUUUCUUCAAUAUAACUAAGAUUCAUCCAUCUUUUGCGGAGAAAGCGAGAGGGCACGAAACAGGCCAAGACGAAUCUGUAAAAGAAAACACUUAUCUUGUUUGCUGUGAUUGUGUUUACGACCGACUUCAGGAGUGCCAGAGCUGUUUAAAAAAAGCCCCUCUGUGUAUGUUUAAAAUUGCAGAGUGGUUCGGUGACAAGAAAACUCGCAACUGCAUCGAUUGUGCAGCAAAGUUUGAGGCUCAGGGGCUUUUUCAGACAGGCUAUCAUUCCAGUGUCAUCAUUCGCCAGUGCUCAGUUUGUCGACAUUUUAAAUAUUUGCCCUCGUUCAUCAGCUGGCGUAAGCACAAACCUCACGACACGUUGAAGGAUUGCUUCGAGUGCCAACUUCGCCGAGAUAUCGCACAGUACAAGAGAGAAGUUCGAAAUCGGUACGAGGAGAAACUUCAACAGGAACCGGCUUUGGGUGAUGACAACAAAAGUUUAAGGACAGGUGUUGGCUAUGAAACUGUUUCGCAACAGGGAGCAACGUACGCGUCAGUUGUUACAAACGGAUUUACAGAUACGCAAUCAUCUGCUUCAUCAUGCAAAAAUGGCCGGAUACGAACUAAGGAAACAACACAGCAACUACAAUUGAACGCGAUCAAUGAAACGGGACUUCACAAGGGAAAAUGUAUCAGCACCGGCUUAGACGGUAAGCGCAAGUGCAUAUUAUAUUUGCAGGUAUUUUAGUUUUGACCCCUUGUUCUUGUGUAGACGAGUUCAUUAUUUUAUGAUCAGGUAAUAUUUGCAUCUCAAAACGGUACGUUUCCUCUGUUCCUUUUUCAAGCGGAAACAACAUACAUGUCAGUUGAUCCAGAAUCGCUUGUCUGGUGAUGAAAGUAUUUCAGUUUGUUUGUGUUGUCAAUCAAUAUUUAUCAUUACCAAUGCUGAAGCUUGAAUUAAUACGUCAACUUAAGAAUCUAUUGGUCCCUCAGGCCGCCUUUCCUGUGUUGUGUAAUCCAUUUACUCUUGUUUCUGUAUUUCUUUCCGAUUUUGCUAGAAAUGAUUUGUUUUGUCAAAAACUAGAGACAAAAAUUACUUUUUGGAAAGUUGAGUGAGAAAAGCGUGGGAUACCGGUAUUGUACAUAAAAGAGAAAAAUGCAUGCCUCUUUGCACUUAUUAUUAAAAUUGUUUUUGAUUAUUUGACACAUUGCUGUGAAAGUUAAUUUUACUCUAGUGAACUUAACAACUUUACCUAAGUGAAAUGUGUGCUUUCGGAUCCACAUUUCCCAAACUACUGAAAAAACAAUCAGAUGAACUCCUGAAUGGCGCCGAAGAUGUUCUGACCACUUACUAACAUUAGUGAAACGCCAAAUCUUGGCACCCCUUUCCGAGACCAUGCAUAUCUAUUCUUGGCGAGAUUAUUGAGAUGAGGUAUCAUGAGAUCUUGCUGAGAUCACGAAUGUCUUGGCAAUGUCACGUCAGUGGUUACAGAGCAAGUAGUCAGGAAUAGUGACUUAUGCUUGUGAAAUUGUCCUGGAUGCAUGUGAUCAAUGUUUUCGAUCCACAGGCCUGUGAGACAUGUAUAAUGUGUGUGAGUUGACAGGUAUACUGUAGGAAUUUUGCCAUGUCAUGAUUAUAGGGUAAGCAUGACAGAUGCAUCAUGGGUGGUUUAGAGUGAUGGAUUAAAUGGUACUUCCCUUAAAAGUACUUUUUACCCACUUCCCCGUAACAGUUUUGCACAUUUUUGCCCAUUUUUUAGCUAAAGGAAUUUAUUUCAGGUGGUUGACCAUUAGAGGUUAUAUAUGUACAUAUUUACCCAGGGGUUAUUUUACUCGUAUAUUUUGGUAAUAAACAUUCCCUACUCUUAAUUAUGUUUAACAAUCAUGGUGUUAUAAGAACAAAAAUAAAGUAAAAUAAUAACAACAAUAAUAAUAAAUAAAAAUAAAGUAGUUGAAUUGAUUUUGUGGGGAUAAAUUUAGUACCGAGCUAAGAGACAAAUACAACAAUGUAAUUUUUGCUGGAGGUUUUUGCUACUUUCAUACCCUCCCACUUUUUGACAUUGUAUUGCAGAAUCAUUCUGUGCAAAGGUGCUUCAAGCUCUCAAGACUUCAUUUAGCCAGUUGGAGGAAAAAACCAAACUAGAACUUCAGCUUCUCCAAUCUAACCCUCAAUUCUGGAACACUGCACUGCGAGAUAAACUUCUCCGAGUUUCCCAGCUGUUUUCUAGUCAGGCAACAGACCAGAUCCAUUUCAAUGAUGCUGAGUCUCGCUGGGCCUAUCUUGGUACCUAUACAGCAGCCCAUGCCACCCUUGUACAAGCCACCUUCACUUCAGGUCGAUUUGAACCUUUGACAGAGUUCAUAAAGAACAGUCGCAGUAAAGAAAGGUCAGUAGUUAUAAAAGUAAAAGGUGAACACUACAUAAUUCUCUCAACAGUGAAGUGGAUUAUGCAUUUCAUUUUCCUAAUUCUUAUUUACUGGGCAUAGCAAUUUACCCUUUGAACAUUGCUUCCCAACUUUUAAACAAGUGGAUAAAUUACUGAAGUUUUAGCUAUUUUAUGCUCUUAAUGUACAAAAAACAUGAAUUAGGCAUAUCAUGCAAAAGCUGAAUCCAAUAUCGGUAAUUAUUUUUUUAAUUUUUCAUUCAAAAUAUUUCAGACAUAAAAAGAUGCUCACCACGAUCAAUACAAAGUUCUUGUCUUCAAUUGACUAUGCCUCUGCAAAUUUAGAUUAUAAUAUUAAAGGAAUGUUUAGUCAGCAGAUUUCAAAUAGCAUCAAUAAUGAUAUUAUCAUCAAACAUCAAGAUAGUGAUACAUGUACAUAUAUUGUAUUUUAGCUAUUUUGUUAUCGUGAUGUUUUUGGGUAGUAGUUUGACUAUAUCUUCCUUGCAAAAUGUUAAUCAUCCACCAUUUUCAAGCUCUACCAAAACAAUGUAGGUACCCUGUCUUCUGCAGUCCCUUUUCUUGUGAAUCUUCUGUAUGAUUGAUGUCCAUUGUAGGUCAGUAUCUGAAAAUGUCAUCAAAAUUUGGUAAACAGUAGCUGAUUAUGAAGAAUUAGCUGGGGGAUUGAGCCAAUCAGAAACAGAGAAAUCUUUUGAGUUAAUGAUUACAGAUUUAAUGAAGUUGGUUAACUUUGGUGUUUAUUACAUUAAUUUUGUGAGUCGAUUCUUCGCAAAGCUGAAUAUGUUCUUAGUGAUAGUCACUAUGUAAUGCUGUUAUAGCCAAAUUCAUUGUAGUGUGCUGAGCGUUUUGCAAACUUCGAGAGAAUUUUGGGUUUUUCUGUUCUGUCAAUCAUCUUAGCAGACCUCGUAGGAAACACAUGUUUACUUGUGAUUGGUGCAUUUCGAUCCACUUAUUUUGUUUCUGUGUUUCAACUUUCACUGCUUGUGAUCGCUCUGUUUCGCGCAAGAGUGACUAGGUUUCUUCAAAGCUUUUAUGAUCUUUCUUAUUCUUGUCUCUAGCAAGAAUAAAGCAAUGUCUGCCUCCUGCCCUCGACAAAAAUUCCACUCAUCAUCGUGAUUUCCUUCGCUAUUCUUGAGCAGUUUAGGGUCAUUCUCAGGCCAAGCUGGGCGAGUGCGUUGCAUUGUGAUUUGCAUUAACUCCAUCCCUGCUCAAAUGAUUGACGGAAAAGAAAACCCAUUCGAAGUUUGCAAACAUGCAGCGUGAUACAACGAAUUUGGCUGUAAGUACAUUGUACCAACAAUAUCUGUUGCAUUUAUAGAAAGGAAAAUUCUGGAGGCCUAAACAAGGAAGGGCAAAAUACUUGGCUGUCAAGAACAGUGAAAUCUUAAGAACACUUUCUAGUACUUAGUAGUGGUAGUAGUAGUAGUCAUUGUCGUCAUGGUCAAUACCGCCUCCACCUUUGUUGUUAUCUUUAUCUUCACUUAAUUUUUAUGUAAAUUAAAGAGCAGCUUGAGAGUUUUGGCACCAGUAUUUAGUAGAAAUCCACUUUCACUCUCCUUACUUUGUAGGUUACAUGUCUGCUGUCUUGGUGCGGGUCCUGGUAGUGAAAUUCUAGGUCUUCAUCAACUGUUUCCAGCGAACACUGAGUGGAUGCUUUUGGAUAAUUGUGAGCAAUGGUAUUACACAGCACAGAUUCUGCUGCAUGAUGUGUGUGAUGUACCCUUCCGUUAUGGUACUUUUGAUAUUUCCAAUGGUCAUGGGCGGAGCAAUGUAGGAGACCUGGGAUUAACAGCUAACUAUGCUUUUAAAAAGGUGAGCGUUCCUUCUCUGGUAGUAGUGGCUUGUGGGGGAUUUCCGUAAGUCAGUUUUGAAGCCUUUGCCUGCUACAGCUGUAUCAAGAUUGUUUAAUACCGUAAAAUUCUGAAAAUAAGCCCCUCCAUGUAUAAGUCCCUCCAAGUAUAAGCUCCCCAAACGGGUAACGCAGAAAACCCUCCGUUAAAUUGCCCCUCCAAAUAUAAGCCCCCUGGGGGGCUUGUACUUGGAAAAUUGCCCUCAAAUACAAAGUAAAACAAAGCAAAAACAGUAAAUUUACUUCCAACUACAUGGCUAGCCCAAUCAAUUUUGAAACGCAAAUUUCCCUCCGUAGAUAAGCCCCUCCGAAUAUAAGCCCCUCAAAAAGGGCCUUUGAAAGAUAUAAGCCCCGGGGCUUAUUUUCGGAAUUUUAUGGUAUAUUCUUAAAAAAAAGAAUAUGGUCGACCUCUCAAAUAAUGGAUAGAGUACUGUGUACAGUGGCCGCAAAGGUCAGGGUUUCAUUCCCAGUCAAGCCUGAAUUUGUUCAGGUUCUUUUUCAACUGCUUAGAUUGUUUAUUCAACUGCAAGGAUCAUUGUCACUUUCAGCUUUAACAUAGCCAUGAAGCUGAUAGAGGGUGCGUUAAUUAAUUACUUUCUCCCUUUACUGAUUUCAAUCCAAGUUACUCCUGUUGUCCAAACUUUUAUGUUGUAAAUUUGUUGAUUGCUUAAGCCUCAAAACCACCAAAUAAAUUACAGUGUCACACGUAACUUUUGAAAAAGAAUAGAGUGCAAGUCAUUAAUAUGCUCUUUUUUUCCUUUCACCAGGCCAAGUUAUUUCUCUUGUCAAAGUUUGUCUCUGCUGUUCAGAAUCUUCCUGGAGCAUUCAAAUAUCUUUUAGACAUUCUCAAGAGAGCAGCACCAGGCACCUUGUUUCUCUUUGUGGACAAUGCUCACAUCCAAACAAAAACAUUUAUCGAAGAUUUGGUGUUUCCUUCAAGAGACAGCAAAGAAUGUGAGGAGUACAAGGAAAAUGAAUGGUUUAGGCUGUACACUACUUAUGCUGAAUUAAACUCUGAUCGUGAAGAGGGCUUGAAGUCUCCGGCAGUGUGCGAGUGGGUCAGUCUAAUCAGUUAUUGGUUGGACAGACAUCCUAUAUUGGACCUAAGGGUCAAUGUACAUUUGGCAGUAAAAAAGAGGUGAAAAGUUUUGGGGUGACAUAAACAAAAACACAAAAACAAAAAAAAAUUGGAAGAAAUUACCAGAGAUAUUAUAUUAUUGUGUGGAAUAUUGUUACAUUUUUUCAGCUCUUCACUUAUUUUAUUUUUAAAAGGUUUUGGUUUUUAUAUGAACUACAUUCACUGGUGGAACCAAGCAGAAAAGAAAGAUGCAUGUAUUUGUGUUAUGUGUAUGUCGUUUGUGUCUAGUACUGGCAAGAAUAUUGGCCAAAGUGGAAAAUACCAUAAUAUUCUUUGAACUGCCAUUUGGGUGGUGCUUCAUGUAAAAUAUAUUUUGUUCUGUACAUGAAAU